AUGAGCGGCGCCACCGCGGACGCCCCCGCCGCCGCGGACGUGGAGAAGGCCGGCGUGUCGGGUGGAGGUGACGCCGGCGCCUCAGGCGGAGGAGGCGCGGUGGGCGCCAUCGUCGGGCGCUGGCGGCGGCAGGACCUCCUGGACAAGUCCGGGUCGGCGCUGCGCGCGGCGGCGUGGGCGUUCUCCCUGCUCGCCUUCCUCAUCAUGGUCUGCAACGAGCACGGCGACUGGAAGCAGUUCGACCGCUACGAGGAGUACAGGUACAUCGUCGCCGUCGGGCUGCUGGCGUUCGUCUACACCACGCUGCAGCUGGUGCGGCACGGCGUCCGGCUCAACGGCGGCCAGGACCUACAGGGCAAGGUCGGCCUGCUCGUCGACUUCGCCGGAGAUCAGGUGACGGCGUACCUUCUGAUGUCCGCGCUGUCUGCCGCCGUCCCGAUCACGAACCGCAUGCGCGAGGGCGCGGACAACGUCUUCACCGACUCCUCCGCCGCCUCCAUCAGCAUGGCCUUCUUCGCCUUCGUCUGCCUCGCGCUCUCUGCCCUCAUCUCGGGUUUCAAGCUCUCCAAGCAGACCUACAUAUGAGCCUGGCUGCACUACAUUCCGACUGUGCUUCCUCUGUAUAUUCUCGAUCCGUUCUUGCUGGUGGGUGUUGUGGUAAUACCGGAUGCAUAUAACUUGGCUUCUUCAAUUCUUUUUCUGUAUAACUUGGUUUCUUCAAUUCUUCUGGUGUGCAUACGUGAUUACAGGAAUUGAUGGUCGCUUCUUUUGCGUGUGUUUUAGGUGUUCAUAUUGUAAUGCCCAAUUAUGUAAUUAUUAUGUUUCCACGACAAAUGAACGGGAGUGAAUACGUGUUCAAUUGAUUCUUGA